AUGCACUUUUCCGGAGCUCUUAUUGCGCUGGACACCAACGUUCUGAUGGGCAAGCUUCCCGUCAUUAAAAGCCUCUGCUUUUUGAUAGAAGACAUAAAUAUGGGCCUGUUCUUGCCGUGCACGGUGAUGAGGGAGCUAGACUGUCUGAAGGUAAAAAAACCCAGUGCCAGAGCGGCGAUUCUCUUCAUAGAGCAGGAAAAUGCAAGAGAGAACUGCAAAAUAUUUAUAGAGCACGCUGUCACAGAAAAAGGAAGCACAAACGACGACUCAAUAGUGUUUUCCUGCCAGAAGAACAAUAUAUCUCUGCUUAUCUCUGACGACACUGCGCUUCGUCUAAAGGCAAACAACGCAGGGCAUGGCCUGCACUCAAUUUCUGUUGAGAACAAGACAGCCAAAGAGCUAUUGCUGGAAAUAACGCAGCUUUUCCAAAUGCACUUCAUGGAGUGCGAGAUGAAAGACGACUUUGUGGGGACUGCAAAGAAGGUCACUGUGCAGAUUGCAUUCACCAUAUACCACCGGCGGAUACUUCCCAUUGUGGAGAGGGAGCUGGGUGCUGACAUGGUGCACUUUUACGUUCCAUCUGAUAUAGACUGCUCUCUUUCCUCUCUUCUGAGGUAUGUAGGAAAGAACAACCACCAUUUGUUUGGUCGGUACUUUUCCAAAUCCUCACUUUCAAUAAUGUCAAAACUGUCCUCUAAGAAGGUGGACGAGGACGACUUAAGAACGAUCCUAUCGCUUUUUAAUGUUUCGUUCUCUGAUAUGUUUUAA